AUGAUCUUCUUCCUUAACCCCGCUAACAAAAAUUCCGUCGUUAGCAAUGACACAACUGCGUUUAUUUAUUCCACUGACAAAAAGCCCGAGCUGGACUUACAUCUGGCGCAUUCUCGUCGCGGUCGCGAAGUGUCCGCUUACCUCUCCUACGUGAUCGACUACUAUGACAACCUACCCCUAUCCUCGAUCUUCAUUCACGCGGACGAGAAGCAGCGACACAAUGAUUUGUUUGGGCCGAAGACAAGUGUCAUACUCGAAAAUCUGCGCCACGAAGCUAUAGAAGUAAAGGGAUAUCUUAACCUGCGCUGUAUGCAUACUCCGGGGUGUCCAAGUCAUGUUGCGCCAAACAACCCCACAAAAGAAGAUAUCAAAGCGGACGAUGCUCGUGCACACUUCGCGCAAAUAUAUCGGGAGCUGUUUGGAAUGAACGUGGUAGUUCCGGAUUUGAUUGGGGCUCCUUGUUGUGCCCAGUUCGCGACAGUUAUGCCGUCGGAUGGGUUUUUGAAAGCCUGUGGCAUGUGGUCUUUGGCAUGGAUGCAAUUGAAUGUCCUGCUUAUGAACAAUGUCGUUGCGAUCACUACGGAUGGUGCGGACCUCUGGCUUCUGGACGUGUUUUGA